UUAAAACAAAAACAUCAAGGUUGUAUUUACCUGACUUUAAACAUUAUUGUGUCGUCUUUUAAACAUGAAAUUAUUAUUGCUAAUAGUGCUAAUUAAUAGCAAUUUUUUGGUGGCACUUGGUACUUCUGACCCACUAGUGGACAUACCACCACUAGGAGUACUACAGGGGGGUUAUAAAACAAGUCUCAAAGGUCGAACAUUUUAUUCUUUUGAAGGAGUACCUUAUGCGAGGCCACCAGUUGGAAAGUACCGUUUUCGGGAACCGGUACCACCGAAACCUUGGCAUGGCAUUUGGGAGGCCAAAACUAUAUACAAAUGUAUGCAGUACUACCAAUAUACACCACCAGGAGGCGAUUUUGUAAUUGGUGAUGAAGAUUGUCUCUACCUGAAUAUCUAUACUCCAGAAUUGGACGCUAAGGCCAAUUUCGACGUCAUAGUUUACAUACACGGGGGCGCCUUUAUGUUCAAUUGGGGGGGUAUUCAAGGGCCGGAGUAUCUCCUCGGCAAGGAUGUGGUUUAUGUCAAUUUGAACUACCGUUUGGGGCCUUUAGGUUUUUUGAGUACUGAAAAUGAGGUGGUACCCGGAAACAACGGUUUGAAAGACCAGAUUUUGGCCUUGGAAUGGAUCAAAAAACAUAUAGUUUAUUUUGGGGGAAACCCGAAUUCCGUUACUCUAAUUGGCAUGUCGGCAGGAGGCGCUAGUGUUCAUUUUCAUUACUUAUCACCUAAGUCACGUGGGCUGUUUCAUCGAGGCAUGUCACAAAGUGGUACCAUGCUAAAUCCUUGGGUACUAAUGGAACAACCAUUGGAAAAAACCCAGAAAAUGGCCACCCAUUUGGGGUGUCCCACUGACACUAAAUCAAUGGUUGAAUGUCUAAAAAGACGACCAGGGCGACAAAUAGUAGAAGCAGUCCGUUACUACCAGCCGUGGUUGUAUAACCCAUUUAGCCCAUUUGGGGUUGUGGUAGAUUCGUGGUCGCAGGACCCAGUCUUGCCUGACCACCCUUAUAAUUUAAUAAAAAGCAAAAAAAUGAUUGAUUCGCCCUGGAUUACGUCCUAUACAAGUUCCGAAGGGUUGUACCCCGCUUCCGAUUUCUAUAUCCAAGAAGAGUACCUUAAUGAAAUUGAUAAAAAGUGGAACCAAGUUUUGCCAUUUAUUUUGGACUACAAUUAUACACUUGACCCAAAAAAACAUGAAGAGAUCAGUCAGAAAAUUCGUAGGUUCUACCUUGGGGAGAAAAGGGUGAAUCGGGAAAAUUUCCUCGACUUUGUUAAAAUUUUAACUGAUCGAUUGUUUGUCUAUGACAUCCAAAAAACCAUAUUUUUGCAAAAUCAAGUAACCAACUCGCCGAUUUUUUUAUACUAUUUUGCAUACAGAGGGGCUCAUAGUAAGUCCGAAUUUUGUUCCGGUAGUACCGAGGAUUUUGGGGCCUCACAUGGUGAUGAUACGGCCUAUAUUUACAAAUAUGACGUUGUCAAAACGGACACUAAUGAUCAAGACAAGAAAAUGAUCAAAUUUUUCGUUGAUUUAAUCACAACCUAUGCACAUACAGGGAGACCCAAAGUUGGGAUAGAGUGGCCACAAGUACCCAAAAAUUUGAAAGAUAAAUUUACAUUUUUGAAAAUCGAUUCUCCGACAAAACUCUCAGUAGGACGUGGUACUGCCGAAAGUACCAAAUUUUGGGACUCGUUGCCGAUCAAAGAGAACGAAAAGUUAUUUCCAGACGUGAAAGAUGAAUUGUAAUUUUUUAUCAUUACUUAUUUUUAUAAUUCUCAAUAAAAGUGAUUUGUUUCUUGCCUCGAA